AUUUCCCUAAACUUGGUGCACCGUCCUGUAACCUUCUAGCCACGAAAAAGAGGAAAAGAAGAAAAACUCUCUUCUUACAAUCUUGGCCCAUCAUUUCCCUGGUUGAUGGCGUCCAGCCUGCAAUGGCAUCCUCUACUUCCCGCAAAACCCCAAAGACGUCUUUUCCACCCACCGAAUUCCGUCUCUAUCCGCGCCUUCAGGCGCAGCGACCUCGAUGGAUUCGCGCAGCGUGUGGCGUCCGGCGAACUAUGGCGUGACGCUUGGCGGAGAGCUAACGACGGGUUUGAACUGUUCGUUUAUGAGACUAGGAAAACGGCGGAGCGGAUUGACAGGAGAUACGCCGUCUCUAGGCGUCUCUCUACCGUGGCGCAGUCCGCCACCGACCGAGCGCGUGAGCUUGACCGCGAGUUCGAAAUUACUCAGCGCUGGCGGAGUUUCACGCUCGAUUUCAGUAGGAAUUGGCCAAGGUACAGGAGGCAGCUCAGUGAUUUCCUCGAUACUCCUCUGGGGAGGAGUUUUGCGACACUUUUCUUUCUAUGGUUUGCUCUGUCAGGAUGGCUGUUCCGAGUUCUGAUUUUUGCUACAUGGGUACUGCCAUUUGCUGGUCCUCUCUUAAUUGGGGCUUUAGCAAAUAAUCUUGUCAUUAAGGGAGAAUGCCCAGCUUGUAAGAGGCCAUUUGUUGGAAACAAGAGCCAAACAGUGCAAUGUGCAAGUUGUGGAAAUAUUGUUUGGCAACCACAGGGUGACUUUUUCUCAAGAGGUGGCAGAGGUACUACUUCCACGUCAAAGUCUCAACCAGAUGUGAUUGAUGUUGAAUUUGAAGAGAAAUGAAGGAAGGUCUGUACGAGGCCACAAGUUGCCCUUCCAUGUGGUUGACAUUCUUGGGUUAGAUAUUCCAAAACAUAAUAGAGAGCAAAUAUUCCUUUUUAUAGCAGACCUGAUAGUCACUUCCCCGUCUUCAUGUAAUCCUUGUAUCGCACAUUCAGGAAUGAGAGGAGCAUAAUCUUUGCUGUACAAUUUGUCAUUGUGCAAGUUCUUUUAAGACUAUAACUGAUUAGAGUAACACCUUUUGGUUCAUGUGAUAAAUGGCAUUUUGACCAUGUUCUGAUUUC